CGCGCUCCAACAACACACGCCUUUCGAGACUACUCGACUCAGUCCAUCCUGACGCGGCCGAUUCGUUGGUCGUUCGUGGUCGUGAGGCGCGUUGAUACAGAGUACCGCUCGGAGCUCCCUGGCCACGCGCACGAUGCUAUCCGCGCAGUAGCCCCGCCGAGGUCAAACAAACGGUAAUCAGACACGUGCCGCGAUCGGCCGCUUGGCUCGACCGCGAUUCUAAGCCAAGGGGCAGAGAGCCACGGGGGAAGGUGUGCGGGUGUGUCUCGUGAUCGCCGAUACAGCGCGUGGCGCCUGGUCGGGCGAGCCCGGGUCGGAGGAGAUCAGCGUCGGGUCGGUCGAGCGCAGCAAUAGAACACCAACGGCGCCGAUAAUCCAGGCAAAGGCAAAGACAACAAACGGCAACUGCUCCUUACAGAUAAGCCGUUGAAGUGUCAUGAGAGGCUGCUUUACAACGAUCCGCCCUUACCGUCGGCCCCGUCUAGAGUCAUGCAUGUCGCGCCCUUUAACCGAGCCAUCUCACAUCAUGGUGAACAACCAGGCCCACAAGGCAAUUCGUCAAUUCAACAGGAAGCAGCCAAAGAGGAGCUUCCUGGGUCGGCCUUGGACCCACCAAAUUUGCGCAUGCGCAAUAAUCACUGGCAAAAAGGUGAAUCGCUUCAAGGAUCCGAAGCGAAUGUCCAACAACAGCAGCAACAACAGCAGCAGCAACAACAGUCUCCAGGAGCUCUGGGGAAUGACGAAGACCGGGGUGGAGGGAGCCGAGGGCUGGAGGGGCAGGACCCAGAGAAGGACGACCCUGUUCACCUCAAGAGACGGGUGGGACUCGUCAGUGGGGUGGCUCUAAUCGUCGGUACCAUGAUCGGUUCGGGAAUAUUCGUAUCGCCGUCCGGUCUCUUGAUUCGAACCGGGAGCGUAGGCAUGAGCUUCGUCGUGUGGACGGGCUGCGGUCUGCUCAGCCUCUGUGGUGCUUUGGCCUACGCCGAGCUCGGCACGAUGAACACGAGCAGCGGUGCCGAGUACGCCUACUUCAUGGACGCCUUUGGCGCGCCGCCGGCGUUCCUCUUCUCCUGGGUCUCCACCCUCGUACUAAAGCCCUCGCAGAUGGCUAUAAUAUGCUUGUCGUUCGCCCAGUACGCCGUCGAGGCUUUCGCCGCCGAGUGCGACCCUCCCCAGGAGAUCGUGAAACUCGUCGCCCUCCUCGCCAUCGUCCUCAUUCUACUCGUCAAUUGUUACAGCGUUAAUCUUGCGACGGGCGUGCAAAACGCCUUUACGGCUGGCAAGCUAUUCGCAAUAUUGGUGAUCGUCGCCGGUGGCUCUUACAAGCUCGUGCAGGGCAAUACCCAGCAUCUGCACAAUGUUUUCGAGAGUGUCGAGGAGACGACGGACGGCGUGGCCAAGACGGUUUUCAACGUCGGCAAACUCGCCACGGCCUUUUAUACGGGUCUCUGGGCAUACGACGGCUGGAAUAAUUUGAACUAUGUCACUGAGGAGAUCAAGGACCCAUCGAGAAAUCUGCCGAGAUCCAUUAUGAUUGGCAUACCGCUGGUCACGUUGUGCUACGCUUUAAUCAACGUCUCGUAUUUGGCAGUCAUGUCGCCUUUAGAAAUGAUCGAUAGCGAGGCUGUCGCCGUGACAUUUGGAAACCGGAUCCUGGGAUUGAUGGCGUGGCUGAUGCCGGUCUCGGUGGCCGUGAGCACCUUCGGCUCGGCCAACGGGACCCUCUUCGCCGCGGGUCGCCUCUGCUUCGCAGCCUCCCGCGAGGGCCACCUCAUGGACUGCCUUAGCUACGUCCACGUGCGCCGCUUCACCCCAGCCCCGGGCCUCAUCUUCCACUCCCUCGUUGCCGGGGCGAUGGUGCUCUCCGGCAGCAUCGACUCCCUCAUCGACUUCUUCUCCUUCACCGCCUGGAUAUUCUACGGCGGGGCGAUGCUUGCAUUGCUGGUCAUGAGGCGCACGCGGCCCGACCAUCCGAGGCCCUACAGAUGCCCCAUUGUGAUACCGGUGCUGGUACUCCUUAUAUCGAUCUACCUGAUCGUCGCGCCUAUCAUCGACAAGCCUCAGAUCGAGUACCUGUACGCGGCCGCUUUCAUAGCCGCUGGCAUGCUCUUCUACCUCCCCUUCGUCAAGUACAGAUACGUGCCCAAGUUCAUGGAAGGCGUAAAUGUUUUUCUCCAAAUGUUACUGGAAGUGGCACCAACCGCUGCUGCUUUCGAUUAGAUCAUCCUCCUAACAAACAACGUACAACGAUAUUAAUAACAAAAUCGUUAUUAUUUUGAUUCUACGUAUUGUUGUUCAGGGCUUUGAAGAUGACAUUAUACAGUUGUAAAAUGAGACAUAUAAAUGCUCUUGAGCAUGCUGAUUUAUUAGAACAGCUAGACAGAUUUUAGAUUUUACAGAGGCAUUAUUUUAUUACUUGUUGUUUAUUG